GCCAAACACGCAGAGACAUCCUGCGCGAGCUGGAUGACAUCGACCCGGCUGCCGUUGGGCCCCGGUUAGUGUGGAUGGUCUCCGGGGGCACUGGGAUCACAGGUUAGGAGCUCUGCUCUGAAAGGCGUGGGUGGGGUGCGGGCUUCCUGGUGGGCUGUGGGCUCUGCGUGAGCACCGCCCCUUCGUCGUUCAUGAAGAAGCUGGACCGGUGGGUCCCCGGACGCUUGCUCGCUUCCUUUGUCCUCAGUCCAGAAUGGACGAUACACCGGAGCCUCUGGCCAUGACUGUCCACCUCCUGGCCAACGCUGGGCAGGGCUCACUGCUGCAGCAAACUCUGGACCGGCUGCUGGACUGCGUGUGCCCCAACAUCCGUCCCUUUCUGGUGUCGGAGCGGGUCCGGCCAGCAAAAUACUACGACAGGUGCCGGUCCAAGCGCUCGCGGUUCCCGGGGAUGUCUGUUUUGCUCUUCCUGCACGAGAGCCUCAGAGAGGAGCGGCUGUUCCGGGUCCUUGACUCCCUCCAGCACUGGCCCUGGCAGUGUUACCCGGCCCCCAACGCCCCGGGGCCACCGUGUCCCUACAUUCUCGCCAAUCAGGACUUCUACAGUUUGGACAGCCAGAUGCCCGUCUGGGGCGUGAGGCAGGUGCACUGUGGGCCCGAGAUCCUGAGAGUGAUGCUCUACUGCAGUUUUGACAACUAUGAGGAUGCCAUCAGGCUCUAUGAGCUGAUCCUGCAGAAGGACGCCACCUUGCAGAAGAGCAGCUGCUGUUUCUUUGUGCUCUAUGCCGCCGAGAACUUUGCACUGCAGCUCUCCCUGAAACAGCUGCCCCCCGGAAUGUCGGUGGACUCCAAAGAAUCUUCAGUGCUGCAGUUCAAGGUCCAAGAGAUUGGCCAGCUAGUGCCUCUUCUGCCCCAUCCGUGCGUCCCCAUCAGCCACACCAGGUGGCAAACCCAGGACUACGAUGGCCACCAGAUUCUGCUUCAGGUCCAACCUAAUCCAGGACUCCGUGUUAGGAAUGGCGAGCUGUCCUUUCUGAAUGGCAUUGGGGGAGCCAACACCCUUCCCCAGGGCUCCAGGCUGAUCCCCGCCUCCGCCAGGAGGACACUAGAGCCCAGGAGCCAGAGAAGCCGGGCCAGGAGGUCCAUGGUGGGCUCUCCGGAGUGCCCAGCGCCUGGUGAAUGCCCGGGGCCAGACAGCUUUAGUGGAACUUUGUGGAAAAGCCCUGGAUGCUCUUUCCAGGACACCAGCUCAACCAUGGGUGCCCAGACGCAUCUGCCUUCUCCCCACCACCAGCCUGGGGCCAGACCACAGAUCCUCAGCCCCGAAAACAGCUUUGAGAAGCUGGAGGCAGAAACGAAUGUUGACACAGGGCUCACCACGGUCAGUUGUGAACCCAGGCAAUCUUUCCCGAGUGGAUUUCCUAGGGACCUCCGGGCCGGCCGGCCACCAGCCUGCUUGCCAGACUCCUCCUUAGGAGCACUUCUGGUCUCCAAGAACAAUAAACUCUCUAAGGAAACGAUCCAUUGUUUGCCACUUGCUGGCCAAAGGGAUCUUGGUGCAAGGAAGACAACGUCAAAAUGUCUCCACCUGCCAGUCCAGGGUGAAGAAGAAGAAGAAGAAGAAUUCUUUAUAUAGCACAAAGUAAAUGUGGUUUCCUAAAACACAAGAUCAGAUACAGUGCUCUGGGAACGGAGCCCUCGGACCUAGAAUCAGGCUUGUUUCUUCUUCAUGGGAGGGGCCCUGAGUGCUAGCCAUGCGCAGAUCUGUAUUGAGCUUAUUUCAAAUGUUCCCAGUCUAGCGGUGCUUAUUUGCUAUCAUGGUCACAAGGGAACACAGCCAACGCGUAGGGGAAAAGCCCUUGGAGACACACUAACCCAGCUGGGUGUGUGGAGUUCAGCACCUCUCAGGAAUAAUUGCAUUGUAUGCAAAUGAGUCAGAUGUGUUCUGCAAUGCCGAUGAGUGUAUGCAGUUUGGUUUUAAUUUUUACUUGGAUUGCAUUGCUUAUCCCUCUGGACAACAGGGACUAUUAACUCUUUAGUGUUUUUUAAUUUUUAAUUUCGUAACUACGCUCUGUGCACCAUAUAACCUCUACGGAUUUUGCCUCUAAAGUUGUUUGCAUCUAGAAUGAGUUAACAUGUAAGUGUUUUGACAAUUACAAACAAUUUAUUUUUUUCCUGUUUAGUGAGCAGAAACCCUGGAAGCCAAGAAAUCGGGUGAAAAAUGAAAGCUAGGCUCUGGGACUUCCCCGCUCAUCCAGUUCUCAUUUGUUUCUGCCCUACUCCAAAGGGGCCAGUGGUUCAUGUUUCUAACCAGAGAGGAACACAACAUGAUCGGACGCUUCCAGAUCUCGACUCAACGUGGCAGGAAGAUUGGAUUUGGAUGGGUCGCCGGAGCAGGACUGAUGUUCGUCUGGCCAUGUUCAAAUUCCUAAAUUUCUUUGCAGUCCUGAUUCACUCAUUCAUACAUUCAGUCAUUCAGCAAGUAUUUAUUGAGCACCUAUGUUUGCAUAAGGCAUUGACAUAUGGUCCAUUUACAUUCUGUCGCCAUCCGACCCCAAAAGUAUUUAUGGUCUCACCAGUAUAGACUCAUUCUAUCCGCACCUGAGAAUACAUUGAAGUCUUAAUUCCUCUGGAACCCUUUCCCACAACUAGUUUUCACACUUGCUGCACAAGGCUGUAGUAAUCAUUCGCCACCUGCAGGUGGAGACUGGGCAUAUUAUAAAUUGUAAUUAUAACCAUAAUGGACAAAUUCUCAAUUGCUCGUAGACUGUAUUUUUUUGUUGUUGUUGGGACUAUACACGCGUUUUUAAAACAUCUGA